CAGGAAGACUCGCUAGGAUGCUUUUGGGAAGCGCAGAGCGGCGACCGAGAACUUGGGAACUUGCACUUGACACACAGACUGCCACAGGCUGAGUGGUUAAAUUGUCGCCUGCCACCGUGGGGACCAUUAAAGGCCAUCCACCCCCAGCAAGCACUAUCAGGGGUCAAAUGUAGAGGUCAAAUUUCAUGCAAGUUUGUGUACAUGAGUAAUAUAGAUGCGUCUUCUUCUUAACAUGCAGAGAAGCUCUUUUACAGAAUGCACAGGUCCCGAAAAAACCGAAUAAAACAAAGGUUACAGGAGCAAAUCUCCAGUCCAAUGACAUAACAUGAGUGAGAUGUAAAACAAAAGGUGGACAUUUAAUCUCACUGUGUUCUUGUUUCACACUCAAGGUUUUAUUCACCAUGGACCAACCUCUGCUGCAAAGAGAGAGGAGAGAAAGAAUGACAGGCUGCUGCUCUAGCAGGAUGUUAAAGGCGUCGUUGCCCAUUCUCUCCUGGCUACCUAAGUACAAUCUUAAAUGGCUUCAGAUGGAUCUCCUUGCUGGGCUCACUGUCGGGCUGACAACUGUCCCGCAAGCAUUGGCCUAUGCGGAAGUAGCAGGCCUUCCUGUGCAGUACGGGCUCUACUCUGCCUUCAUGGGAGGAUUUAUUUAUACUGUCCUGGGGACAUCCAAGGACGUGACGCUGGGUCCCACAGCCAUCAUGUCUUUACUUUGCUUCUCAUUGGUUGGUGGCAAGCCGCACCAAGCCGUGCUGCUUAGCCUCCUCUGCGGUCUCAUCCAGGCUGCACUGGCAUUACUGAGAUUAGGCUUCCUCUUGGAUUUCAUCUCAUUCCCUGUUUUAAAAGGCUUCACUUGUGCCGCAGCAAUAACAAUUGGCUUUGGGCAGGUGAAGAAUAUCCUGGGACUUGAAGAUAUUCCCCAUGAGUUCUUCCCACAAGUCUACUACACAUUUUACAAGAUCCCCGAGGCACGACUAGGCGAUGUGGUCCUUGGUUUUCUCUGCAUAGCGUUGCUGGUAAUGCUGAUGUCAAUGAAGACAAGCCUGGGCUCCGAUGAUGAUGAUGAUGAUGCUCCCAGAUUUUCCAGGGCUGCCAGAAGAUUUGUCUGCACUGUUGCUACCAUGCGUAACGCCCUCAUAGUCGUGGCCGCUUCUUUUUGCGCCUUUUCGUGGGAAGCUUAUGGUCUUCAUGUCUUCACAAUCACUGGGAAAACCUCCCGGGGACUUCCGCCCUUCAGUCCACCACCCACCUCGGACACCGACGUCAAUGGCACUGUGAUAACAUUUGGAGAGAUUGUAGAGGGCUUUGGUGGAGGUCUAGCUGUGAUUCCUUUCAUGGGACUGCUGGAGAGCAUUGCAAUUGCAAAAGCAUUUGCCAGGCAGAACAACUACAGAAUAGAUGCCAAUCAGGAACUACUGGCAAUCGGUGUGACCAACAUCAUGGGUUCCUUUGUCUCAGCCUACCCUGUUACCGGCAGCUUUGGCAGAACUGCAGUGAAUUCUCAGACUGGGGUUUGUACUCCAGCUGGAGGGAUUGUCACCAGUGUGAUAGUGUUGCUGUCUUUGGCGUUCCUCAUGCCGGCCUUCUACUACAUCCCAAAAGCUUCUCUUGCUGCUGUUGUCAUCUGCGCAGUCGCUCCUAUGUUUGACUAUCAAGUUGUGGCUAAGAUGUGGAAAAUACAUAAGUUUGACCUUCUUCCCUUCAUUGUGACAUUCCUGAUGAGUUUCUGGCGGGUGCAGUAUGGAAUCAUAGGAGGUGUGGCUGUGUCUGGAGCUUUACUGAUGUACACCAUGGCUAGACCUCGAAUAGAGAUAUCUAAUCAAAGUGUAAUGCUAAUUCAGUUGGCCAGCGGGCUCAGCUUUCCUGCUGCAGAACAUCUCAGCCACGUCAUACACACUCAAGCUCUGCAGGAGUCUCUUCCACGGUCAGUUGUAUUGGAUUGCCUCCAUGUCAGUGUGAUAGAUUACACUGUGAUUAAUGAGCUGAGCGACUUGCUGAAGCAAUUCAAACGGCAAGAUGUGCAUCUGAUCCUUUCUGGAUUGCAGCCAAAUGUCCAGGAGAUUCUUUUAGCUGCAGAUCUGGAGGGCCUCAUAUAUGCUGACAGUGUUGAGUCAGCACUGCAAAUGGAAUCAUGCAACCUCAAUUUAUAAUGAAGAAAGUGUCCAGCCACUGCCUGAGGAAGAGAUGUUUCCACAUACGCACAAAACUAAAUGGGAGAUCACACCCGGGCACGAACGAACGGGGUGGCAGGCGGUCCCCAAGUACUAACUUAACAGAUCUGUGAGUUCCAAAGUUAUCGUCUGCUUUCACGUCUUUAUAAAUGAACUUGGCAUACCUUGAUCCUCAUCUUCUCAUUUGAAUAGAAAACUAAAUUUCAAUUCUCAUUUGAAAGGAAAACUAAAUUUCAAUUCUCAUUUGAAUAGAAAACUAAAUUUCAAUUCUCUCAAUGAGCUGGUAAACAUAUCAGCAGCUAAGGGCAAUUCACCUCUGUGGAUGUUUUGUUUAUAAAUAGCCUUUGAAAACACAUUUUCAGGUAGUUUCAUGUACCACCAUAAGCAAAUUUUUCAUGACGACAUCCUCUAGCUACAGGUUGACCUGCAUGAUAUUUGUGUACGGAGUACACGAGUGGCUAAAACGCAAUAACAGGUUCAUUAAUUUUUCCAAUAUAUUCCACGUGGGUGCUUAGAACGUCUUUAUACUGUAAUGGAAUAAUCAAAAUAAGAAACUACAGUUUUUUGUUUGUUUUUACUAUCUGUCAGCGGUCCACCCAAAUGGUUCUGUGACCCACUUUUGGGUGUCAAGCCACCAGUAUGUAAAAUACUACAUGACCUCAAUGCUGUUAAUAUUGUCUGUUAAACAUUCUUAAUAAGGGUUUUUUUACCCAUGUUUUCUGAAUUGAACCAAAUACUUUGAUAUAUCUAUUUUUUUUAAAUAUUUUUGGGAUAGGAAUUUUGUACUAUCCUUACUUUAUAAUUAAGGAAUUUGUCACGAUGUUCAUUUGACAGCUCAGUAUGAAUAAUCAUAGACUGGAAAUACUUGUUUGUUUUAGUGAAAAGAAUGACCUGAUAUUUUUGACAGCACCGCUGUACCAUAUCUUAAGUACAUACUUUUAUUGUGCUUCGAUUCUUCUGCGAAUAGGAUUUUGUAAUUCGGGUAAUAUAAAUACUGUACAUAUUGACUUAUUGGAAAUAUAGUUGAAUGGGAACUAAGGAAACUGGGCAAAUAUUUUUCAGUCAAACCUCAAAGAGGUCAAUUUUUAUUCAGAUGCUCAUUUACUGCUAGGUGAACGCACACACAAAAAAGUCCCAUAAAAUGUGGUCUAUUUAAUAGAAUUGUACAGUAAGGCACACUGAGUUAAUAGUUAGUUUCAUAAAUUGCUAAAACUAGCGCGGAUGCAAAAAUACAGCUAGUGCCAUAAUGUCUGUGUCACGAAAAUAAUGUCCAGAAUGUUGAAUCUUAUUCAACAUUGUCCUUCUCCACUGAACUCUUUGAUUUUGGUGACAAUUGCCUUUCUCAAUGGCCAGGUGGAUGAAACUUGAAGGAUGCAUUCUUAGCUGCUUGACAGCACGCAUUUGAUUCAAACACAAAGUUAAGACUGCAACAUGGAGCUUAUAGGUGAAGGUCAACCUAAAACAAUGAGAAUGUCAUGCUCCUGGGAUCGAGAAAACUGGCAAAAAAGACUAGUACUAAAGACUAGUACUAAAUAUUUUAAAAGAUGGCUCCCCUUUGGAGCCAGGCCUAUAUAAGGGCCUCAAUGGCGAAUGCCUCGUGGCCGGGCACAGAGAACAACGACAAUAGUUCUUUUUUAGAAUAACAAUUUCAAAUGCUUUUCUUAUUUUGAAUGUCAUAUAAUAAUUGAGUCAAAACUCAAAUCAAUUUAGAGGUACUUUUUCAUAGCAUUCACUGGCAAAACCUCCAAUUGAGUGGAUGUUAAUUUUUUGACCAUGUAUGAAGUGGACAUGACCGCAUCAACAUAUACACUCAAACACAACUAUGAGACUCAGCUCAUUGAGGUUGAUAUCGCAAGUAAAGUUAUAAAAAAAAAUUCACUCUGCUGCGAAAAAUGGCUUAAAUUAUGCCGUCAAUACGGAUGGCUUGACAUGGAAACCUAACCUUCAUAUUCAAACAAAAGUGACUCAUGAAUUCAGUGAUUUUUUUUUACCUUUUAUUAUUGUCCAAUGGGAUGUUCUGUAAUAACAUUGGUGAUAAGUGUUUGACCAAACAUACUUACACAAAGCGUCUUUUGAAAGAAAGGUAUUACUUGAUCCCUUUGUGUUUUUGUUAGUUUCACACUUUCAGUUUCAAUUCAUGUUGACCCCAUUAACACUUACUGCAAUGCAAUGCCUCUUGGAAUAAAUCAACAAUUGACUUAAGAUGAAUUGGUCCUUUAUGAAACUUUACUGGAAGGGGUACAAUGCUCCUUUUUCUUAUGAUAAGAAGUGGCGGGCACACUGACCCCCCCACCACCACCACCAUUCCAAUAUAUUGUACGUUUGCUGCCAAUAAUAUGUGCAGUAUUCAUAUACAGAUCUGUUAUUUCAUUAACAUGUAAUGGGAGCUACUUCAAGAGAUUAUAUUAUAUUAUUUUAAGUGUACUGCACAUUACCAUUUUGAGAAGAAUCAAAUCCAUUACAAAGUUUUUGAUGUGAUGAUUGCAGACUGAUUUAUUCAAAUGAUUCUAUUUGAUAACAAAUAAAUGAUUAUAUGAUCUCUUCA